AUGUUUUCGUUUAACAAGUUAAAAGUUGCCGUGGCAUUUUCGGAUUUGCUACACGAAUCGUUGAACAAACCAAAAGUGCUUAGCAAUAUUCUCCGAUCUAUUUCUACGAAUCGUGAAAUUAAUCGGAAAUAUUCUGCAUCGGAAGUAUGA